CAUACAAUUUCUUAAUACCAAAGGAAAAGGACAAAAAAAAAUAAAUUAUCAAGUUGGAUCAUUAAAAGCUUAUUGUUUUUGAGCCGCAUAUUAUUUUUUUCUUAAAUUUGUUUAGUAAUGGAUAAGACGUUACCUUUUCAUUUACAAAAAUCAAUAUUAGAUCAUAUUAAAAAUCCGAUUAUUCUUUUAAAAUUCGAAAGAGUUCAUAAAAUUUGGUAUAAUAUUAUUCACCAUCGUAUUUCACAGUCUGACCAAUGGCGGGAAAUUUGUUUAAAAUAUAUUCCAUCAAAUUUAAUAUGUACUAUUAUGACAAGAUCAUUUCCAAGACUUUCGAUUGCAAAUUUCAAAGAAAUUUCGAACAGUAACAUUUGGUAUUGUACAUUUCGCUCUUACAAAAGAUGGUUGCUAAAAUGGAAGUUUCAAAUUAGUCACGAAACGAUUGAUAAUUUCUCUAAAAAACUUUUUCAACGAGAAGAAAUAACUUGCACUGCUAUUUGGGAUAAGUAUUUUGCUGUGGGAACUACCAAAGCUUUUGUACAUUUGUUUAACAUCGAUGAUUUGAGCGAACCAUUUCUUACAAUUAAUAAUGAACAAUAUUUAUUGCAAAUUACAUUUUGGUGUCCUAGUAAGAAUUCUGAGGAAUUAAUUUUGGUUACAAGAUCUUCAGAAAAAAAAAUCCAAUUUUGGAAUUCAUCGAAUGGAACAAAUAUUCCAACUGAUCAUGAUUAUAAAGCGAAAUUUUUUUGUGUGGGUACAAUGAAUAAUUUUUUUGGUGAAUAUCAUGAUGUUAUCACUGAAUAUAAAAGAACUUCAGAAAACGUAACUUCCAAAAGAAAUAUUCAUUUAAAUACUACAGCUGAUGAUGUUUUUUUUGUAUUGUUUUCCCAAGAAGAAAAACUAUUGAAAUUAUUAUUAGAUUCAUUGAGUAUUUACUUGUAUGAGAUAAAAGUUCCAUCUGAUGAUGAAGAAUCCCUACAAAUAAUGCAUAGAAGAAAAUCGAUUAUAUCAAACAUCAUUUAUCCCAGAAAUAACUUUUAUUAUAAUUUACUCAGUCUAGGAAACAAACAAAUUACGAAAUUUUUUUUAAGAAAAAAUAGACUUUAUUAUUUAGCUGAAGAUAUAGCAGUUUUAGUUUCAGAAAAUAAUCAAAGUAUUUUAAUUCAUGAAGAAUCCAAAAAAUGGAAAGAAUAUAAUCCUUUUGAAAAAUUUACUGGAAUAAUAACAUCAGCAGUUUUGCAUGGAAAAACUUUCAUCUUCGGCUUCCAUACGGGUGAAGUACAAAUAUAUGCUUUGAAAAACAUCGAACAGUUGAAAUUAUCUCAACUAAAUCCAGAUUCGUCAAUAAAACAUCAAUUCAUGAAAAACGAACCAAUUAUUUCUUUAAAUAUUACUGAAACUCAAAACAAACUUUAUAUUUUUGCAUCAACAAGAUUUAAAACUCAUAUUAUCACUUUUUUUUAG